AUGGAAGCCAUAAGAAAGCAAGCAGCGAAGCUUAGAGAGCAAGUCGCGAGACAACAACAAGCGGUUUUGAAGCAUUUAGGGCAUGCUAAUGCGGAUUUUGUUGUUGUUGAUGAAGAAGAGCUUCAUUGUCAUCAGAAACUUCAAGAUCUGUAUAGCUCUACUAAGGCUGCAAAGCGUUUGCAAAGGAAUAUUGUUCGUGGACUCGAAGGUUUCAUUGCGACAGGCUCGAAAGUUGUAGAGAUAGGGUUGAAGUUUGCGGAAGAUUUUAAGAAAUAUGGAGAUGAGAAUCCUGAUGCUAAUACUCCUCUUUCAAGAAUUGCACAUCUAUUUGGGACCUCGUACAAGUCGGUCGAAGAUGAGAGGGAAACUCUCCUCGGAAUUCUUAGUGAGCAGGUUUGUGAGCCAAUUCGUGCAAUGAUAUAUAGUGCGCCUUUGGAGGAUGCUCGGCAUUUAGUGAAUCACUAUGACAGGCUGAGACAAGAAGUCGAAGCUCAGGCAACUGAUGUACUGAGGAGACGAUCGAAGUUGAAGGAAUCGGAUGUUUCUGAAGAAACCUAUAUGAAGCUUAAGAAUUCCGAAUCGAGAUUAGCUGAGCUCAAAUCGAGUAUGAAAACUCUUGGCAAAGAAGCUACUAAGGCCAUGUUGGAAGUCGAUGAAAAGCAGCAGAACGUAACUUAUCAGCGCCUCCGUGCUCUGGUUGAAGCUGAGAGAUCAUAUCAUCGUAAUGCUCUUGAUAUCCUCGAUAAGCUACAUUCGGAGAUGAUUGCUGAGGAAGAAGCUAUAGAAUCAUCACCAAAGUCACUACCUUUACAUUUAGAGGACAGUGUUUCUCAUUCCAAAGAAGAAACGAAUUCAAAUCCCCGGAGAGAGGUCAAAUCAAAUCACCGAGAAGAAAUCAAGUCUCAUCCCCAAGAAGUAACCAAAUCCAAGUCCAAGGACGAAGCAAAGUCUAGUCCUCAAAAGGAAACCAAGACCAGUCCCAAGGACGAAAUGAAGUCUAGUCCUCAAAAGGAAACCAAAUCCAAUCCUCAGAAAGAAAUCAAGUCAAGUCCCCAAGAAGAGAUCAAAAACUCCAAUGGAUCUGAUGAUCAUCACAACCAUCAACUUCUCGGUCAAAAUGAUUCCUACUUUCUUGCGAAGGUUGUGCAUCCGUUUGAUGCUCAAGCACCAGGCGAGCUGAGUCUCGCAGUAGAUGAUUAUGUAAUCGUUCGACAGGUCGCUGGGACAGGCUGGUCAGAAGGAGAAUACAAGGGCAAAGCCGGAUGGUUUCCUUCGGCUUAUGUCGAGAAACAAGAGAAAGCUCCGGCGAGUAAGAUUGUGGAAACAAACCCCAAGCAGCAAUGA